AUUCACGUCGACCAACAUAAAUUUUAAAAUCGUAGUCGCGGUAACAAAACUAAUGUUUUGUCAAUAAAACUAGACUUCUGAACGAUUAAAAAUGUCUAUUAUAAAAGAAAUUCCUACAAGAAACGAAGAAUUGCUUAAAAAGGAAGAGUACAGAGGAAAUUCCGUCCUUGAUGAACUGUGCAAGGGUCCAAGGAUGACAAAAGAGUACCUUUUAAAACACUGCAAAGAGCAAAAAUUGUACAGAACACCCUAUUUAAAUGAUGUCUUGUAUUUACAUUUCAAAGGCUUUUCGUACAUAGAGAAUUUAGAAGAGUAUACGGGAUUAAGAUGCUUAUGGCUCGAAAAUAAUGGUAUUAAACAAAUAAGUGGGCUAGAUAACCAAACAGAGUUAAGAAGUAUUUUUCUACAUUAUAAUCUAAUUAAGAAAAUAGAAAAUCUAGAAUCAUGUGCUCUACUUGAUACAAUAAAUAUUUCUUAUAACCAAAUCAAGAAAAUCGAAAAUCUAGAUUGUAUUAAAUCCUUACAUACACUAAAUAUGUCACAUAAUUUUGUCGAAAAACUAGAAGAUUUUGAACAUCUGGAGAAGCUAUUGGAACUUUCAGUACUUGAUCUAUCAAAUAAUCAUGUCGACGAUCCUUUAAUUGUAGAGGUUGUUGGUAGAAUGCCAGGUUUGCGAGUUUUGAAUCUGAUGGGAAAUCCAGUAAUAAGAAAAAUUCCGGCUUACCGAAAAACGAUGAUUCUUGCUUGCAAACAAUUACAAUAUUUAGAUGACCGUCCAGUGUUUCCCAGAGAUAGGGCCUGUGCAGAAGCUUGGGAGAGAGGAGGUGUAACUGAAGAGACAGCUGAACGACAACGAUGGUGUGAAAGAGAACAUCAAAGAAUUAUGGAUAGUGUUAACGCUCUAAUAAGGAUUAGAGAUAGACAUUUGGAGGACAGACGUCAGCAACAGCAUUGUGAUAGUGGACAUGGAACGUCUGUGGGAGAUUCGGAGAGUGACGCAGAUAGUUCCAACGAGAUAAUUGUUCCAAACGAUGAAGAUGAGCAAAUCAACCAAGCCGAAUCUUCCGACGAAAAUGAUCAAGAUGACGAUCCUCCUUAUAAUUAUGGUGCGUCUAACGACGAUGAGCCAACUUCAUCAUCUUCUGAUAGUGAUGAGUUUAUGAAGGAUAGACAAGUAGAAAAUCCAAGAGAGUAUGAAGAAUAUAGAGAGAGAAUAUUUGAUUUUAGUACAAAAACAUUCAAGAGCCGAUUUAUGAUUGAAGAAAUUAUAGGCGAUGAUGAGUUACCCUCCACCAGUAAAGCUAACACGAUGCAACUUGAAUCUGAAACAAUUGCAGCCGAUUCAGAUAAAUAUGAAAAGGAAAAGGAGAUGACAGAUGACUUUAACACAUAUAUUGACUAUACACAGAAAAAUAAUGAGGUUCAGAAAGACUCUGAUAUUACAAAGAAUGUAGAUAAUACAUUAGAAAAUAAAACUGAAGCUGAUUUCGAAAAAGUUUUUGAUAAGAUAGAUGCAACUGAAAUUAGAGAUACAAUUGCAGCUACUAGGCUCAGAGCUAAAGAAGCAGCAAUAGAAGCCGUAAAACGAUCUCAAAGUACUAGUCUGUCGAUGACAUUUGAAGAAUUUUUAGAAAGCAGAAUGGAUCCUAAUAAAAUUGUGACUGAAAAUAAUACGGUUGAAGAUUUUCCACCAGAAAAAGAAAUAGAAAAACAAAAUGGUACGGAAGGGCUCAAUUCGUCUAAGAAAAAUAAUGGUCCUAAUAUUAAACUAGGAUCAUUGUUACUGAGCGAAAUUAGAGAGCAAGCAAGUGAUUCAGAUGAUACUGACACCGAAGAAAGCACUAUUGGAGAUGAUAACUGUUUUGAGAAUGUUCACAAGAGAAAAGAAACAUUCCUGUACUCUGAUUGCAAAAGCCCUUAUAAUUUAGUGGAAGGAAAUGAAACAGAUUUAUUCAAUGAAGAAGUUUCUUUAAAUAAUAAGAACGAUACUAACGAAUUAAACAGUAAUUUAACAUCAAACGAAAACAAAAACUUUGAGAGUAAGGAUGAUUAUAAUUUUAAAGGAGAUGACAACCAAUCAAAUAGCUCCAGUGAAUCGGGACCCAUUGAAGUGGACCCAUUGGAAGGAAACCUUAAUACAACUUUACAAUGUGAAGUUUCUGAGAACCAUCCAAUUUUAAUAAAAGACGUCGAUCAAAGUGAAAAAUCUGAAUUUGAAAUAAUUAAUGAAGUAACAGAAUUAAAUAAGUUUAACGAAAUCGACGAUUCAGUAAACUUUUCUAAUACAAUCGAUGAAAAUACAGAAUCUAAAGCCCAACUAUCAGAAAAUUCCAAUUUAAAUUUAGAGGAAGAAGACAAAUUUGAAGACGCUGUUGACGACUUUAGCAUAUAUGAAAAUGAUACAGUUGUAGAAACUUUACAUUCUGAAGAUAUUAGUGAUAAUAAACAUUCAUUGAAUAAUUGUAACGAUGAUGUGACUGAUCGAGAUAAUAAAUUGACCUAUUUGGAAAAAAAUAACGUCACGAUUUCCGAAGAAGUUGAAGUGGAAGAGUCUGCUCCAAAUGAAGAUAGUAGUUCAACUAGAGAUGAAAUUAAGGAAAUUCUUCGGACGGAGAUACGAAAAUUGACAAACGAUGAAACUAGUGUUCAAUAUCUUAUAAACGAGGAUAUAAAGGCAAAACGAAAUAAACAAACUGAGUGUCCACAUAAUAUGUUUUAUGUAGAAUUGGAUAAAAGUGACAAAACAGAAGCAAAAAAACCUUUGGGACAACAAGGCGAUGGGCCGGGUGAAUUUAUAAUUCCACAAACAGUAAAAACUAAAGAAGAAAUUAGAAGAAUGCUGUCAUCGAUACCCGAAGAAAAUACCGAUGAUGGUAGAGAGUACAGAGAAAUUUUACAGUGGAAGUUACAGAUUCCAGAUAACACAAUACAAAUUUUGGAACCUAUACAGCAAGAAAAAACUCUGGAAGAGAAAGAAGGAAUACUGAAGCUAUUGACAAUGAAUAGGAAACUUGGAAAAGAUGAAGAUGAGAAGGAGUAUACAAUUAAGCCUGCAGGAAAUAUUAUAGAGGAAGGUGAUGUCAUCAUGUAUCCAAAAACCUGCCGUGAAAAUCCUGUUUAUUCCAAACCUCUAAUUACUUACGCAGAAAAAGAAGUAAGACCAAGUGAAAUAAUAAUACAAGAUACUCAUAAACAACUAACGAUGUCCCAAAAUUUUUCUGUUUUUCAACAAAAUCAAAGUCAAGUUGUAGAUGAAUCAAAUCGUGAGACAAAACAAGAGCCAUCAACGUCCCAGAAUGCUUUGGUAGCUUCCAAAAAUAUUUCCGAGAUUCGCCUUCAAAUGUCAGAGUUUAACAAAACAUUCGAUGAAUUUAAACAAAAGUACGCGGAACCACGAGAGAAAAUUUUGAAAGACUACAACGAGGCUGUUCAGAGGGAAUUAAUCAUUGUUGACAAAUUAAUGAAGGCACAGGAAUCAUUAUUUCAAAAGAAAAAGGAAAGGAAAUAUAUACCACGAAGACCCAUUCGGGAAGAUCUUAAACUCAAAGAUUUUAAAAAACAUUAUAUGGAGAUGGGUUUAGAAUUUGAUGACGAAGAAAGUUCUUCCAACGACGAAAAAGCUACAAACAAAAUCGAUCUUAAAGAAAAUAAUGGUAUUGAUGAAAUAGAAUACACAAAAGUUAACGAAGACUCAUAUAUGCAUAAUCAAUUCAACGCUGAUUAUGAAGAUUGUCAAGAUAGAAUUAAAAAUAUAAAGGAUUGUUUCAAGAGUAUAGCUGAGCAAGUUGACAAAGAAAAUAACGAGGAACACCCAUCAGGCUUCGAUUUCCAAAGAUUCAUGGAAAGGGUUAUUUCUGAAGAGGUAGAACUUGGUAAAACAUUAGAAGCUUAUCCUAACAAUAAAGCCGAGGAAUUGAAAGAACAAAUGAAGAUUUUUGAGGAAGAAUUAAUUACUUACCAUCACGAAGAUAAACAAGAAGAUACGAAUCAAGAAACUGUUAAAGAAAAAGAAAGGCAAGCAGAGCAACAUGAAGAUCAUGAAGAUCAACAAGAAAAUACGAAUCAAGAAAAUAUGGAAGAAAAAGAAACGCAGGAAGACGAGGUAACAAUCAAGAAAGAUAACAAUGAACCAAAAAGAAGAGUAACUUAUUCUUUGGAAAUGCAACUUGCUAAGGAUUUGAAAUGAACAUAGUAAAUAUGUGUUUAGUUAAUAAUAAAUAGAUUUGUUGCAAUAA